UUCUCGCUGACAGACCGAGCUUGUGACCGGUUUCUCAGGGUUGGGUCCGCACCCGGCGGAAUAUUUUCUUCCGCUGCGGGCCUCACUCUGGGAAGCCCGGUUCGGGUUCGUUGAUUUUGUUUUAAAUUGGUCCGUCCCGCACUGCUGUUUGACCCUCCUUACCGCUCCCCACGAGCUCACUGUUGCUGCCCUGACUCUACCCACCUUCCCCGGGGCUCCGCAGUCGUUGCCUCGGCCUUUUUAAUCGACCCCCCCCAACCAACCCCCCCACUUUCUCAGACCAACCCCCCCCCCUCCCCCCCCCCCCCAAUCGGGGGAGUUUUCACUGGCUCCACGGACCCUGUUGUUGAAGUUACCGCGGGUGUUGCUGCGUGUGUUGAGGCCGGGCCUGGCUCCCGAUUGUCAGGUUGCCCAGUGGCGGUGCGGCCUCUGUGUCACCCCCGCGGUCUCCCGCUGGGGAUUUCGGCCCCUUGUCCCAGAGCUGAGCCCUGGCUCUGCAAUGCCGGGUCCGGCUACCGGGAGCAGGGCCCGCGUGUACGCCGAAGUAAACAGCCUGAAACCCCGCGAGUACUGGGAUUACGAGUCACACGUUCCUGAAUGGGGUAACCAGGAUGAUUACCAGUUGGUGCGAAAACUUGGCCGUGGGAAGUACAGUGAAGUAUUCGAGGCUAUUAACAUAACAAACAAUGAAAAAACAGUAGUCAAAAUACUGAAACCUGUUAAAAAGAAGAAAAUAAAGCGGGAAAUCAAAAUAUUAGAGAACCUCCGUGGAGGCCCUAACAUCAUCAAGCUGCUAGAUGUUGUAAAGGACCCUGUGUCAAGGACUCCAGCUCUUGUUUUCGAGCACAUUGAUAACACUGACUUCAAGCAACUGUAUCAGAUUUUGACAGAUUAUGACAUACGGUUCUACAUGUAUGAAAUAUUAAAGGCCUUGGAUUACUGCCAUAGUAUGGGCAUUAUGCAUAGGGAUGUGAAACCACAUAAUGUGAUGAUCGACCAUGCCCAGAGGAAGCUUCGGUUGAUUGACUGGGGACUGGCUGAGUUUUACCAUCCUGAACAGGAGUACAAUGUUAGAGUAGCCUCCAGGUACUUCAAAGGUCCUGAGCUGCUAGUUGACUAUCAGAUGUAUGAUUAUAGCUUGGAUAUGUGGAGUUUGGGCUGUAUGUUGGCCAGCAUGAUAUUCCGCAAGGAACCUUUCUUCCAUGGGCAUGAUAAUUAUGAUCAGCUUGUUCGUAUUGCCAAGGUUUUAGGAACUGAUGAAUUGUUUGACUACCUCAAGAAAUAUCACAUUGAACUGGAUCCUCGAUUUAAUGAUACUUUGGGCCAACAUUCUCGAAAGCGCUGGGAGCAGUUCAUUCAUAGUGAGAAUCGGCACCUGGUCAGCCCGGAGGCCUUAGAUUUGUUGGACAAACUUCUUCGCUAUGAUCAUCAGCAGAGGCUUACAGCUAAGGAAGCAAUGGAGCAUCCAUACUUCUAUCCAAUAAUCAAGGAGCAUUCGGAUGGUGCUCGGAGUAACAGCUCACAUGUGCCCAGUGUUUCUGCAGCUGUACGAUGAAUCUUUCUGCUGUCAGCACAAUUCAUACUGCAAGACGAUGAGUUACAGGUUUUACAGGGGAGACAUGGGGCAAAGAAGAGCUAUCACAGUCUGGGAAUGUGAACUUGUGACUGCAGCUACACAGGUGACCAUGGCUUACCCUAAAUCCAGUGGCAACACUCUUCUACAUCCAUUUAUUUUAGAUUUCCAUUUAUGUUUCAGAGAGAAUUACAACUUACUAGAUAUUUUGGUUCUGAAAUGUUUUUGUAUAUUUAUAUUUUUUUUUGUAUUGUAAUAAAAUACCUAGAAUGUGUUCAAUUACCAGAUUUCCUCGUGUUGUCCUUUCUCCCCAUCUUGUUUCUGUAAAUAUUUAUCCAAUUUGCCAAAUGCAGUUAAUAUCUUUAAAAGAAAAGCUAUAAUGAGCUCAAGGUUCUGAGCUGCUCAUGAACAGUCCAUCGUUGGGUACGUGCUUUUUUAUUUAAUCCAACCUCUGUUUAAAGUCGCACUGUCUUAUCUCCAGCUGAUUCUAAUCAAUUCCAGGUCUCUUUUGUAAAAUUCAAACUUUGUUGGUGUCUUUGGGCAGAUGUGCCCUGUAACUGCUCAUUCUCUGGUAAUGAUUCAGAUGAAUUAUCUAGCUAUUAUUUGAUGCCUUGAGUUGCUCUCUUGUUCACACAAUCAGUCUUGGCUGUACUGUGUUCCUUAAUAUUAGAAUGAUCUGUGGAUAAGCAGGGCAGACUUGGUGGAAAGGAGAACUCUAUCCAAAGUGAUGCUGAGUGCCAUUAUAACCUACGACAGGUUGUAACAAUAAAGCAGCAGUACGAUAUUCUAAAGAAGUUUAACUAACUUGAUUGGAAUGGAGCUAAUAACUUGAGCACAGAAGGUAUCAUUUGAUGUUUCUGCUACAGUUCCAUGUCCUGGGCUGAUGCUGACCAGUGUUUUUAUUCGCAGACGGUGUUUCCCUGGAGGCUUCAAAAAUGCCACACUCACCAAAGUGCACGUUUUUACAACCAAUUGCUGGAAAUGUAUGGGAUCCAAGAGAGAAUACAGAGAGCUGUGCAGGCACAUCAUUCACAAAACAAAAACUGAAUAGUUUAGAUUUUUGUUCCAAAAAAUUUUGUUGAGACAAUCUAUCAAAUGCCAUACAAAAAAAUACAACUGUACAGAGUGGGCCUGGGCUAUAGCAGGUGACACAAUCGCAGUGUAGCAAAGGAGCUGAAGACAUACCAAUGGGUAGAAAGAAGACAGGGGUAGCCACAAAAAACUACACUUUGUAUAUAUGAUAUGGGCUAUGGCCUGGCUGAAAAUAUUACAACUUUGUUUGGAAAAAAAAACUACGGGUGCUAGGAAAUAUGCUUAACCGUGUGCAGGGAAAAGUAUGUGAAGUACAAGUGGUUGGAGCGCUUGCCAAAAGAAAAAGCAUGAGAAUGUUUACAAAUUGUACAGUUGUUAAUUGCAGUAAUAUGGUAAAUUGUUCCAUUACAACUUUCAUCUAAGGCAAACUGCUGUAUACCUGAUGCUAAAUCCAGUCAAUUAAGUACUGCAGUGUACAGAUUGGGAAAUCUGAUCCAGACAACAUUCAACCCUUUUCAAAGGGUUAAGGGAAAAUUUCUGUUGGCUAAUAUUUAAAAGAAAACCCUUGCAUGUUGAUUUUAAUUUUUUAAAAAAUCUGCAUGGGGUAUGACUUUUUCAAAUUUUGCUCCUGACAACUAAUUACAAUUCAAUUGAAACAUAUUUGCUGCUUUAGUAACAGAGGCUGUGUUAAAGCACUUGUAAGUAAUGGAACUUUAUCCUUCGCAGAUCCCACGCAAUCACUGUGAGUGACCCACUUCAUUAAGGUUUGUUUAUCCAAAUUGGCCAAGCAAAUUAAAUUAUUUUUUCUGAACCCAUUUGCUACAGUCUAGUGCAUGGUGUAGUGCAAAACUGUGCUUCAUUUUAACUGUGUAUCAGUCAGUUGACUUGUUUGUGUGGGGUUGGUGCGAUGAUGUGAUGUACCCAAUUGAUGACAGCUACCAUUCUAAGACCCAAGUUAACAAAAUAAAUAAAACAUGGAGUUAUUGGCAUUGUAUGCAAGUGUGUCUGGAUUAAUACAAGUACUGUAAUUU